AUGAGCCUGGUGCCGCCGCUGUCGCUUUUACGAAGGGGCAACGGUCGUCUUUCCAUUGCAGGCGCCCGUUCCCUGGUCCUUUCCAAUCCCAGGAACUCGAUUCUAGAUGCAAUUCCCGCAAAAAGACCUUCCUUGUUAUCCACUCCCGCGUCCAAAAGACGCCAAAGUCUGAUGGGAACCGGGUCUGGAACUGGUUCUGGAACUAAUUUGGCUUCGGAUUCUCGCCUCGAUCCUCGUCCGCUUCGUGACCGUAAUUACCAGGCUUUGCUCCAACACGAAAUCCACGACUUUUUGCUGGCCAACAAAUUCGAGUUGGAAUCAAAUCAUCCACUCACCACAAAAACCCUUCGUCAACCCACCCAGAAAGAUUUUGUGGUGAUCUUCCAGUUCUUGUAUAACAAGCUCGAUCCAUGCUACCGCUUCACACGAAGCAUUGAAACAGAGGUGUUUCUGCUCCUAAAAAUCCUCAAUUAUCCAUACUUGGACACCAUCAACCGGUCACAGAUCUCGGCCGUUGGAGGUCAGAAUUGGCCCGCGUUCCUCGGCGUGCUCUACUGGCUCGUCAAGAUCAUCCUCUUGUCGCUGGGCGUCAAUCCCGACCUGUACCUAACUGCUGACGACGAGUUUGACAAAAUCUACAUCUCGUAUAUGCGCUCAGCGUACCUGGCUUACAUCGAUGGCGUGGACGACUACUCCCAGCAGUACGCCGAGCUCGAAGCAAAGUUCCACCAACUCAACGACCGCACUUCGCAGGAUAUAGAUCGCAUCACUGCAGAAAACUCCUCACUUGCCCUGCGGUAUUCCGAGCUCCAGGGCCAAUUGUCGGCCGUAGACAACGCCGUGCACAAGGGCCGGGCGCUCGAGAGCGAUUUGAUCAAGUUCAAGGCAUACAUAGAGAUGAUGGAGUCUCGGAAAUCAAAAUGGAGCGACGUUCUUGACAAGAUAAGACGAGAAAUCGAUACUUGCGAUAAAGAGCGUGCUCAGCUAGAAACGUCCAAGCGCGAGAUAGAAGCCUCGAUUACAGAACGUGGUUUCCUGAUCUCCGAUAUUGACCGUCUCAACAGCGAGCGUGACAAGUUAUCGAAACAGGUUGAUUUGGUGGCUGCGAGAGCCCAAGAAACCGCCAAUCUAGUCAGUACUCGCGAAAUUGAGCUCACGAAACACCACGAGAGUCUCAGUAACCUUCUUGUACUGUAUAACGCCAUGGUGUUCCGCAUGCCACCAACCGAGCACGAGUUUGAUAUCGCCGUGGUGCCCAAUAUCUUGACCAGCGCCGAACCAUUGAAACCAGAACAAAUCGUUGACAAAGACCUCAAGGCCGAAAAAGCAAGUCUCGUUGAAUUCAGGCUGAAUAUCAGCACCCGUAUACAUCAAUAUCAAGACGAACUCAGUCGACUACAGGAUCAGAUAGAUGUGCUAUCUGAAACGGUCAGAGAGCAGACGGAAAGUGCCGAUAACUUGCAAGCCAAGCUCACAGCCAGCAAGGCUACAUACAAAGCAACGUACGAUUCUAUAACUGCCGAGUCUAUGGCAUAUUCUGAGCAGAUUGAACGACUCGAGAGAGAUCUUCGAGCAAUGAAAAUUAAUACCAAUCGAGGCAUCAUCGAGGCAGAAAACCGAUACCAAGGCGUGCAAAUGGAAUACGAAGAAGUGAAGCAUAGUAUUAAGAAGGACCGCAAGCUUCUACUUGAUAAUGUGGAGCGAAUAAUCAAUUCGAUCAUCAAGUUCAAACUUCAUUUUCAACUGUCGUUGCACGAAUUGGACUUGAAGACCAUGGAAGAGUUGGAAAAGGAGCAAGCUAAGCAGUAA